AUGCAAUGCCUGCGCCAGGAAGCAAGCUGUGCAGACGCCCAAGAAGAUGCCAUCAUUCGGCUGACGUGUAAGAAUCGUCGUCGUGGCACUGUUGCUCUGAGGAAGCUUGCAAAGGAUGGAAACCCUGAAGUCGUAGAUCGGGUGCUGCAAGGCGUGGCGAAGUGCUUGGCAGAGACUGAUGUCAUCCUCCAAAGUGUGCUGAUCACGGCUUGUGCAGAAUGCGGUGAUUGGCAGCUUGCCAUGAGCUCCUUUCGAGCCAUGCAAAUCCAAGCUCUCAAGCCCGACGAUGUGAGCUGCAAUUCUGUGAUGCAAGUAUCUGGCAAGUCCGGUUCUUGGGAGGCAGGCGCGACGAUGAUGGAAAGUGAUGAGAACAGCCAGAUGUCUUCGAAAAGCUUGCGAGUUGCUAUUGCUUUGUGUGGUGAUCGUGGCAGAUGGGCUUUUGCUCUGAGUUGCCUCAACGAAGCGUUGCAGAAGCAUGUCGAGCCAAGCCUGGGCUGCUUCAAUGCAGCCAUUGCUGCUUGCCGGUCAUGCUGGACCCUGCCGCUGCAGCUGCUGGCAGAGCUGCAUAAAGCGCAGGUGAAGCCCGACCUGGUCAGCUGCAACGCAGCAAUUGCCACAGACACAGUCGCAGGAAGGGCCACUUCUACGUGGACCACGGCUGUCCAUCUGCUGACAUGCUCCAUGGGCUUGGGUCUGCAGUUGCGGCAGGUCUCCUUUUGUGCAGCCAUCAAUGCCUGUACAUCCGAGUGGAAGCAAGCUGUUGCUUUGCUCCGUGGAGCACUGGACUUCCAGCUUGCGCUCGACCACAGGAUGAUGACUGCAGCCCUCAUGGCCUCUGGCUUGAGUUGGAAGUUGGCACUGCGCAUUUGGGCCGAUGUCCGCCUCAGCAUGCGGCCUGAUGUGCUAUGCCUCAACAGCGUGCUCAAAGCAUGUACAAGCAGCAAGUCCUGGCAUGCUGCGGCACGCUGUCUGUACGAAGCGGUCGGCCUUCGUCUGAAGUUUGACGAGAUGUCCUUCAACACGGUUGCGGGCCAGAGCCUUAGGCCGAUGGGCAAAGGCUCGUGGCAGUCUGCUGACGUCAGAAACAACUCAGGUCUCAAGUCAUUGGAAGCUAUAGGGAGCUCCUGCAUGCGGGCUUGUGCGGCUGGCCCAGGUGCCUGCAAUGAUGCUGGUCAUUGGAAGCUUGCAUUGGCAAUUCUGAGCAGUAUGACUGCCUACGCUGUCGACCUUAGCCGUGUGAGCUGGAACACGGCCAUUGCGUCUUGCCAGCUCUGCAGCCAAUGGCAACUCGCGCUGUCGAUCGUGCUGACGAUGCAGGACAAGUCUGUUCGGCCCGAUUCGGCGAGCUUUGCUUCGGCAAUUUGCUGCUGUGCAGGGAAGCAGUGGCGAUGGGCGCUGCGUCUCUGGCACAUGCUUCGAGAUGAAAAGACAUCGCCCAAUCAGAUUUGCUUGAACAGCUUCAUCAAUGUGUUUGAGAAGAGCUCGAGCUGGAAGCAUGCAGUUGAGACGUUGAGGGCUAUGCCAUUGCACAUGCUGACGGCAGAUGAUGCAAGCUACAAUUCAGCAGUUGCAGCAUGCCAGCGAAGACUGCAGUGGCAUCGUGUCCUGUGGACUUUCCAUCACAUGGACAAGAGUCUCCUGGAUGAGGUCACCUAUAACGAGGCCGUCUCUGCUGCGAAGCAUGCUGCUGACUGGCCGAUGGCGCUGGCACUUCUGCAGCAGAUGAAGUUAUCGCGCCUCCAGCCGUUCGCUCUAACUCACGAAGCUGCUGUGACCAGCUGCCUGGAUCAUGCGCAGGCCAUUGCAGCAAGAACCCUUCUGGAGGAGACUGGGGUGCAAUGGCUCAACAUCCUGGCUCGUUCAAGGCCCUAG